UGACACUGAAACACCCACUGAAGAAAACCAUUUUGGAUGUUCUGCUGCCACAUUCCAUGCAGAAGAUUGAAGACCUGAAAGCCGAGUUGGCCCAGCAGGAAGAAAGACAUGCCAACGAAGUGAAGAGGAUCCAAGAUGAGAUCGAUGAGCUCCGCAGGCGUGUGCGAGAGGUGGAGGAGACGGAGCCGCGGUGUAUUGGAUUCAACGACAGCACCGAUUCCUUCGUUCGAAAGGUGGAGUGGACCAUCAAGAACUUCAAGAGCGAGGAGAAGCUGAGCCCCAAGGGCACGCCGAUGUGGUCCCCCCGCUUCAAGCUGGCGGGGAUCAGUGAAGUGCGUUUAGAAUUCCUCCCCAACGGCCGUGAGAAGUCGUGGUCCGGCUUUUGCUCCCUCUUCCUUUGGUGUCCACCUGGAACAAGGAUCAGGUAUCAACUCUGGGUGGGGUCCUUUAUGAAGGCUCCAGAUGAGGACACGUACGACGCGGAAGUGGGCCACGGCCACUCCAACUUCUGUCCCUUAGCGCCGGAGAUCGACCUGGCGAACGACAGCGUCACCGUGGGAUGCAACAUCUUUGAGGUCAUGACCACCUACGAGAUGACUGAAAGGAACCUCAAGCUGUCUGCUUGGCCGCUGCAACAGUGGGUCAAGAAGGAGGCGGAGGUCUUGGAGAACCGCGGGGUGAAGUCCAUCUCGUGGAAAGUCCACAAGGUGGGAAAUGCCUUGCACCUCUAUCAAAGAGGCGCCUCAAUAUGCAGCCCCUGCUUCACGGCAGCUGGCAUCAGCGACAUCCAGAUGGAGUUUUAUCCCAACGGCUGCGCUGCGACCAAGAAGGACGGCUUCUGCUCCCUCUAUGUGAGAUGCCCGGAGAAAGUGGUUUUGAUCGUGACCUUGAUUGUGGGCAAGGUCAAGAAGGGGCCGAUCAGGACCACCUUCGACCGGGGAUCCGGGAAGGGCUUGCCCGACUUCUGCAGUUUGAAGGAGCAGAUCAAUGAUGAUGACACUGUGGAUGUAGGCAUUGAGCUGCAAAGUCGGCCGGCCGCCACGGUGCUCACUCUCGAGGGUCGCUGAGGGCGGAAGAGAAUCCGAUCAAAAAAUGCUGUUCGUUCUUCGCCAAUUCAAGACGAUGUGCA